AUGUACUGUGCUUUACUCUGCCGUGCGGCGGAAGUAGUCAGUCUCGGGUCACAGUGUGAGGAGCUGAAGCUCGGCUGUCCUGCCCGGUCCUACCCGGUCCUUCUCGGUCCUGCUGCUCCGUGGUCACCGGUCAGUCCUCUCGGUCCCCCCCAGCAGCUGCCGGACCCCGCGGGCUCUCCUGUUGCCUCUGGCCGCCUGAGAUGCCAGACCCAUGGGUGUGAGUCGCCUGGACGUCUUCUACAGAAGGCUGCUCCUCACGAAGCUCUUCAUCGGAGGAUGGGGGAAACCGGACGAUCUUAA